UUUCACAUUUCAAAGAUGCCGCCUUGGAAAAUAAAUUAAGGUUUGUUAGGAGAGAAGAAGUAAAAAAGUUUUAACGAGAAAAACUGUAGACAGUGAGGGAGUUAUGUGUAGUGUAAUCCUAAAUUUAUUACCGCAACAACGAACUUUAACAUGGAACAAGAAGAGAAUAGAAUACUACUGGAUCUGGGGGAAGAGAUUUUAAGUUUAUCUUUCUCUCUCUACUUUCCAUUUUUUUUAACUCACUGACUCACUCACCCACCCACUCAACUCAUUCAUGGUUUCUCUGAGUUGGCUUGGCUAGCGGCACUAAUAAGCAGCUCCAAACAGUGAAGCAAGCAACCAGACACCAGUGAUGGGUUGUUGUCAAUCAUUAUUCUUCAGCCAAUCUCAGCCAGAGAAGAGCCCGACCCAACAUCUACAACAGCAGCACCCUCCUCCCUCAGUUGGGCCCGAGCCCCUAACUGGGGUCGCCCCGCCUUUUACUGAGUUCUCCUUCUCCGACCUCAAAGCCGCUACCAACAACUUCAGCUCCGAAUUCAUCGUCUCCGAGAGCGGCGAGAAAGCCCCCAACGUUGUCUACAAGGGUCGCCUUCAGAACAGGUCAUGGAUCGCUGUAAAGAAGUUUACGAAGAUCGCUUGGCCUGAUCCCAAGCAGUUUGCGGAGGAAGCUAGUAGCGUUGGGAACCUUCGGCAUCGGAGACUAGCUAACUUGAUUGGGUAUUGCUGUGAUGGUGAUGAAAGGCUUCUUGUUGCUGAAUACAUGCCUAAUGAUACUCUUGCUAAGCAUCUUUUUCACUGGGAAAAUCAAACAAUUGAGUGGGCCAUGCGUUUAAGAGUGGCCCUUUAUAUUGCUGAAGCCUUGGAUUAUUGUAAUUCUGGGGGUCAUCCGUUAUACCAUGAUUUGAAUGCAUAUAGGGUUCUCUUUGAUGAGGAUGGUGAUCCACGCCUUUCAUGUUUCGGCUUGAUGAAAAAUAGUAGAGAUGGCAAAAGUUACAGCACUAAUCUUGCCUAUACACCUCCUGAGUAUUUGAAAAAUGGAAGGGUCACUCCGGAAAGUAAUAUCUACAGUUUUGGCACUGUCAUUUUGGAUCUUCUAAGUGGCAAGCAUAUUCCUCCAAGUCAUGCUCUUGAUAUGAUAAGAGAGAAGAAUAUCAAUCUUUUGACUGAUUCACAUUUGGAAGGCAAGUUUUCCACAGAGGAGGCGACAGUGGUUGUUAAUCUUGCCUCAAAGUGUUUGCAAUAUGAACCCAGGGACCGACCAAAUACAAAGGACCUCGUUGCAACACUUGCUCCAUUGCAUUCUAAAACUGAUGUUCCGUCUUAUGUAAUGCUUGGAAUUCCAAAGCAUGAUGAAGCUCCAUCAACGCCACAACGGCCACUUUCACCGAUGGGCGAGGCCUGUUCCCGACUGGACCUGACAGCAAUUCAUCAAAUCUUAAUUACAACACACUACAGGGAUGAUGAAGGGACAAAUGAGUUAUCGUUCCAAGAGUGGACUCAGCAGAUGAGAGACAUGCUGGAGGCAAGGAAGCGGGGGGACUUUGCCUUCCGGGACAAAGAUUUCAAAACUGCCAUUGACUGUUAUUCCCAGUUCAUAAAUGUAGGAACAAUGGUGUCUCCUACUGUUUUUGCUAGACGGAGUCUGUGCUAUCUGCUAUGCGAUCAGCCGGACCCUGCUCUUCGAGAUGCAAUGCAAGCCCAAUGUGUUUUUCCGGAUUGGCCAACAGCUUUCUACAUGCAGUCAGUAGCUCUGGCCAAGUUGGACAUGCACAAGGAUGCGGCUGACAUGUUGAAUGAAGCAACCACGUUAGAAGAAAAGAAGCAACGAGGAACCAGGGGAUCCUGAGAAUGACUAGCAAACCUGUUCGCUCAACACUAGCACAAUGUUGUUGACUUGAGGCUGACCUAAAUUUGUAUAAAGUCUGAGCUGCAAAGUAUAAUUGAUUGUUUUCUCAAUUGAAAUGUUUAUAUAUCUUAUUUAUAGAAAAGUAUCUUGUUUAUCACCAUCAUCUUUUGACUUUUUGUUUACUUCUCCUUCUAGUCUUCACCAUAAAGUUUGCCAUUUUCAUACA